AUGUUCGCUGCUAAGGGCAGUGCCGCAUCCAUGGAUCAUGUCAAGAACAAGUUGUUGGCAUGUGUUGAAGUGUUGCAUUCGUUGUUGUAUGCCAUAUCUUCCUACUUCGGACUCACUGACCACCAUCGAGGACACAAGGAAGUAGAUAUAAAUGGGGACAUACAAGCACUCUGUCUCGAUAUGGAGGUUAGCACCAUCCAUACAUUCCACACCUCACGCCCAGUGCCGCUCCCAAUCACACGUACAAAGGCAGGAAAAGUCAAGAAAGGAAAACGAGGUACAUCAACAGGUGUAUGA